GAAGAAAUGUUCAUACCUAAUGACACCGAGUUCCAUCCAUCUUCGUUCCUUUUACUUGGCAUCCCCGGGCUAGAACAUAUGCAUGUCUGGAUUGGAUUCCCUUUUUUCUUUGUAUAUGUCAUUGCACUUCUGGGUAAUACUGUUGUCCUCUUUGUCAUCCAGGCAGAAGAAAGUCUCCAUGAACCCAUGUACUACUUCCUGGCUAUGUUGGACUCCAUUGAUCUGGGCUUAUCCACAGCCACCAUCCCCAAAAUGCUGGGAAUCUUCUGGUUCAAACUCAGGGAUAUUUCUUUUGGAGGUUGCCUCUCCCAGAUGUUCUUUAUUCAUUUUUUCACUGUCAUGGAAAGCAUCGUGCUGGUGGCUAUGGCGUUUGACCGCUAUGUUGCCAUUUGUAAACCCUUGCGUUAUACUAUGAUUCUCACCAACAAAAUCAUUGCAAUUAUAGCGUGCAUUGCCAUUCUGCGAAGCCUGUACAUGGUAGCACCCUUGGUGUUUCUCCUCCUGCGGCUGCCCUACUGUGGGAACCAUGUCAUUCCUCAUACCUAUUGUGAGCACAUGGGGAUUGCCCGACUAGCCUGUGCUAGCAUCAAAGUGAAUAUUCUUUUUGGACUAAGCAACAUUUGUCUCUUGUUAUUAGACGUCCUCCUUAUUACUCUCUCCUAUGUCAGGAUUCUUUAUGCUGUUUUUUGCCUCCCCUCCUGGGAAGCCCGACUGAAAGCUCUUAACACCUGUGGCUCCCAUAUAGGUGUUAUCCUAGCCUUUUUCACACCAGCAUUUUUCUCCUUCUUAACACAUCGCUUUGGCCACAAUGUUCCCCAAUAUAUCCACAUAUUAUUAGCCAAUCUAUAUGUAGUUGUUCCACCUGCCCUCAAUCCCGUGAUCUAUGGGGUUAGAACCAAGCAGAUUAGGGAGCGAUUCCUGAGAAUUUUUCUCAAGAGUGAUAUUUAG